GUCCGCGCGGGCUUCGGAGGGGCCCGCCCUGCCAGAGGAGAGGGAGGUCACAGCGUAAAGGUGCAACUGCCGCCACCGCCGCUUCUGCAAGGUCUCAGGGACGGGCUGCAGCCAUGUCCUAUUGCCGGCAGGAAGGCUUUGCCCAGGAUGGUUCCUUCUGGAAUGUCUAUUCCCUUCCUUCCCUCCCUGAAGCUCUUUGUCAGGGACAAAGGUAGGAUCCCUCCCCUUCCGUCUUCUCCACUGGAUGCCUGUGUCGUAUUCAUCUGUGACCACCAGGUACUACCACAGAGCUGGAGCUGAGGAAGGGAAGGAUCGAAUCAUAUUUGUAACCAAAGAAGAUCAUGAAACUCCAAGCAGUGCCGAAUUAGUGGCUGAUGACCCCAACGAUCCAUACGAGGAGCAUGGAUUGAUACUGCCAAAUGGAAACAUUAACUGGAACUGCCCAUGCCUUGGGGGAAUGGCCAGCGGCCCCUGUGGAGAACAGUUCAAGUCAGCCUUUUCCUGCUUCCACUAUAGCACGGAGGAGAUCAAGGGGUCAGACUGUGUAGACCAGUUCCGGGCCAUGCAGGAAUGCAUGCAGAAAUACCCAGACCUCUAUCCCCAAGAGGAUGAGGAUGAGGAAGAGGAAAGAGAGAAGAAGCCAGCAGAACAAGCAGAAGAAACAGCUCCCACUGAGGCCACUGCAACCAAAGAAGAGGAGGGGUCAAGUUAAUGAAGGCCACAAGGCACUGGGCUCCAGUCCUUUUGGAGUGGACCUUUUGCAAAAGGCCUUGUCGUCACCUUCCAAGAAAGUGUCUUUCCCUCUGUUGUCCUGUGCACUGUAAUAUACAAAAUAACUUAUUUUGAUGAUCAGGGGUCUUGACCUCUUGACAUAUACACUGAAAAAAAUGGGGGUUGUAUGUAUGUGUGUCCUACCUAAACCUGUAGCCGCCACUUUUGAAUUCUCAGAUUGCCCUGAAUUGUGCCACUUUUAAAUAACGUUCUGAAUAAGCUUAGCAACUAAAAACCAUUACCCAAGAACGUUUCUUGUAAGUGAGCUGACUUAUUCUGAUUCAUUAUAUUCCUUCUGAUAGAUUUUAUACCCCUUGGAGAAAUAAUACAAGUACUAGAAACAAAAACAUCUUCUCUUAAAAAUGCUGGGGUGGGGCCAUAUCUACUAGCAGAGGCCAGAUGGUCAGAUACAAUUUCUGCAAACCCAUCUUGACCUUGAGUAUGUGAAGGGGUACUGUACUUCAUUCCUGAUACAUUUUGGUUUCCAUGUAGGUGUUGAGCUCCUGGUUUUCUGUGUUUGGACGAUGAAGAUUUGGACCCUCCUAUUGAUAAUCCCUUUCUAAGUGAAAGGAGAGGCUGGCUUGGCUGUUCCUUGUUACUCCAAAAGCCCUGGUUUGGGGCCCAUGUUCACACUGGCUCUCAGUCUAGUCAGGUGCAAUGUUCUUGAGAGGUGGGGACCUAAUUACCAGAGUAGCAGCAAGAGAGGAAACAUUGUGAAUUAAGUAUUCAAUUAAAAGGAAACAUGAUUUCUA